GCCUGCACCUCGAGUGGAAGUGGCGCGGCGGGCCCGCGGCGUGGGCGGCAGAGUGGAUCGAGCUCUUCCACAUAGAGGACCCCACGAGCGAGGACGCCGCCGAGAACGGCCCCGCGCUGCUGACGCCCCCGUCCAUACCCACGGCCCUCGGCGCGCUCUUCCUGGCGGAGAUUCGGAUGGCGUUUCGAGCUGUUCGCGAGGGCCGAUGGGAAGAUAUUUGGCGGCCUAUGGGGCGCGCCACGUGCUUUUCGUUGCCGUCCCGCUUUCGGGACGAGGACCUGGGGACACCAUGCACGCAGCCCCUGUGCACAUCAUCCUCAAGGAUGGCAUCGUGCACGUCGGCAAGCUGCAGGAGGUCAAGCGAUGCCCCAGCGUCCAGCACGGGGUGUCCCUCCACAGGCGGGACCAGAGCUCCAGCCUCGUGCUGCAGCAGCACCUCCUCGAGAAGCGCGGGGAGCACCACAAGAUCGUCCCUCAGUUCGAGGGCGCGGCUGCCAGGAGGCACGCCCUGACGUGCCAGCCCUGCCACUGGGUGUGCGAGCUGACCCAGUGGAACAUGAGGGUGCUGGAAGGCAACAGCGGGCUCGUGCGCCUCGAGGAGCUUCUGUCCCUCUUCGGCGGCCUGGGCCUGGAGUGGAGCCAGGGCGACGCGAGCAGCGGCUCCGCGGGGGAGCCCGCGGAGGAGCAGCCCGCGGCGGCGCCCGCGGCGGCCCUGGGCGAGGCCAGGCAGCCCCCGCGGCCAGAGGGCGAGCUCGCGCGGGCGGAGGCCGGGAGGCCCCCGAAGCCGUGCGCGCGGGCAGAGGGCGGCGACGACAAGAUGACGGGCAGCACCUGCAGCGACGACAGGACCUGCAGCUCGGACAGCGACUCGGAGUCCCAGAGCGUGGGCGCUAGUGCCCAGGCGGCCCGCUGCGGCGAGGGCUCCAGGUCCAGCGUGGAGGGCGGCGCCGAGGCGGCCGCCCUGUCGUGCGGCUCCGCCGAGGGGCAGGGCGACCCUCUGCGAGCCCGCGGUGGAGCAGCGCGGCGCGCCGCCGGAGUUCCACAUGGAGGACGAGAGAGAGGCUUUCCCCGGCCUGCCCGCGGCGGCCCCCGCGAAGCGGGGGAGGCAGGGUGCCCAGCAGGACCAGAGCGGCGGCGGUGCAGGCAGGCCGCCGGCGCGUCUUCGGCGGACCAGCCGGGAGCCGCGGGAGGCGGCGCCGCGGCCCCGCUGGCGCCCGCGGCGCCCUCCGCCCCGCCGGCGCCCCGGGGCAGCCCGGGAGGCCGCCGCGCCCUGUCGGCCGCGUGCGCCGCGGCGGCCCCGCGCACGGUCGCCCCGCCGCCGCGCGGCGCCAUGGGGGCGGGGGCCCUCGCCGGGUGGCCGAGGCGGCUCGCGGCUCCCGCCCGGGUCUCUAUGCAGAGUGGUGGCGCCGUGCAGGAUCCGGAGCUUCAGCAGUUGCGCAAGCAGUUGCAGUCCGUCCAGGAGCAGCUGCAGCAGGAGAACAAGCGGAAUGCCAGCACGAUGGACGUCGAUGAUAAGCACGAGGAAGCGACCGAUCCUCAGAAGGAGCGGCUCGCAGCAAUCGACGGCCUGCUGGACUCCAUCACGGAUGACAAGUCCCGGUUUGCAGGCCCGUAUCGUGAUGGGCUACAGCAGGAGAAGGAUGCGAUCUUGGCCAGCUUACGCGCCAAGCAGCCCAUCACCGUGCAGCUAUCGGGGCUCAAUGACAAGCUGGCCUGGACGAAGACGAAGAUUGAGAAGGCAGAGAAGUUGGUGGAGGCCAAGCGCGCUCAGCUUGCUGAGAUCCAGGCUUCGAUCGACAGGGAGUGCGCGCAGAUCGAGCAGCUGCGGCAACAGGAGAUCGAUGUGGAGCAGAAGAUUCGCGAGGUGGGCAUGGCCACGUCGCAGCCGCCAAAGCGGCCAGGAGAGCCUAGCCAGCUGGGCGAGGUCAAAGUCGAGCUCACGGACCUGCAGGACAUGGUUCGCUCGGCGGGCGGUGGCGCCCUGGCUGAGACGCUGCCGCAGCUACUUCAGACGAAGCUCACCGAGAUGGUCAGCGCCAAGCGAGCACGCCUUGCUGAGGGAAGUGGUGCUGACCCAGGCCGCCCCAGUGAGGGGGGCGCCCCUGAGUCGACCAAGCCCAUCGAGGACGUCAAGCGCUACCUCGCGGCAGUGGGGCACGAAGUACCUGAGAAUGAGGGCGAGGUCAGGAUUGGGGGGCUGAUGACGAAGCGGGUCCACAUAUCUCAGAUCAUGGGGCUCGCUGCGGUGGAGACGGUCGCGUGCCAGAUGUCGGGGUCUGCUUUGAUCAUCGUGGACAUUGGCCUGCUGCAGCGGCGGGUCUCACGGCAGUGGACGGGAUCGUCACAGAUAAUCGUGGGCACGGGCAGGGCGCGGGUCGACGUGCUCUGCGAGGGGGGCGUGUCAGCUGGGAAGCGUGAUGAGGUAAAGGGCUACUUCUCCACCGUCAAUGCUACGUCGCACGGGCCGCUGUGUGAUUACUUGGGUGGCAAGCCUGGGCAUGCGGCACUGGGGGUUCAGGAACACCACGCCACGACGGACCACCUCGAUCGAGUGCAGUCGAGGUUGCACGAUGUCGGGUAUCACGGCAUUUGGGCUCCAGCGAUUGCAGCGGGCAAAGGCAGUGGCACGUCCGCUGGAGUGGCUGCGUUGGCCAAGAGCCACAUCUCUCUCACCUGCCCUCCCGCGACGGCGACCCCAGUGCUGGAGGCAGGUAGGGUUGUCGCUGCCCACGUUCACUGGGGAGUUAAGCGAGGCAUAGUCUUUCUCUCAGCAUACCUUCGGCCCAGCGAAGGACAUAGCCCAGCCAACGACGAGACGCUGAGCACGGUGCUGCAGUAUAUACACAUGCUAAACUGUUUGUGCAUGGACUGGGCUGUGCUGGGAGAUUUCAACAUGACGGUGGAGGAGUUAGGAGGCGCUAUUCGAACGAAGUGGGUGGCCCGCCAGUGGAAGCCGCCUGCGGUCAGGCUGCAGCAAGGCGCCACGGCGCGUGCGUGGGGUGCCGCGGCCAGGUGGGCUCAGCACCUCAUCGGCUCGCGCAAGCAGAUGCAGACCAAGAUCCAGAGGCUGCAGGCGGCAAAUGCACUGUGCACGCUGAGCCCCUCCCAGUUCGAGGACAUAGUGUCGUUUUUCAUCGAGCUUCAGGCGUUCUUUCAACGAAUACUGCGGAAGUCAGACACGUUUAAGCGCUUGCCUGACUGGGUCGCGACAUACUUCUUGCACGGCCUCAAAGUUAUCAGCUUGGAUGACUUUGAGCCGCAGGCGGUGGCGAUUCAGGAUGCUGCCAAGAUCCACUUGCAACAGGACCAGAGCGUUCGGAAUGCCAAGUGGAAAGAUUGGGCACACCAAGCGUUCAUUGGCAGUGGCACUGGCCAGGCGCAUCGAGCGACGAAGUGCAGAGCGUUGCAGGAAGUUAUAGGCGCCUCCGUGGUUGGGGAGCCGCGCGUGUUGGUGGAGCGCGAGCUGGCGGCCUUGAAGGAAGUGUGGAGCUGUCACGAGUUGGACCCGCUAACCUUGCCGACGGAUGCUGUGCGCUGGGCCGCACUGCCGCCGCUAUCAGGACCUCAGUUGCGUCGUGCCUGCCUCUCCUUCUCCACGCGCACUGCGUCGGGGCCUAGUCGUAUUGCGCCACGGGCGCUUGCGCAGGUCUCAGAUGCAGGGCCCACGGCCAUCGCUGAUCGAUUCAACAAGUGUGAGGAGCGUCUCAUAUGGCCAGACGAACGGAUCAUCAACGAACUGGUUCGGCUACCGAAGGGGGACGGCAAUGGGCACCGACUCAUUGCGCUGGUGCAGACGUUGGUACGGCUGUGGUCCAAGGCACGUUCCCCCCUCUCCAAAGCGUGGCUGAAGCAGGCGAGCAUGCCUGACAUCUGGGGCUGCGGCGGCCCCGGCAGAUCCUCCAGCCAUUCGGCCUUUGCUCGCAACCUGGAGGCUGAAGUGGCCAAGCUUCUCGGAGAGACGAGUGCGACGGCAAUACUUGACGCGUGCAAAUGCUUCGAGUGCGUGAACCCUCGCGCUUUGCUCGAGGGAGGACGGAAGUGCGGAUAUCCCAUGCGAUUGUUGUGGAUGCUGCUACAAUAUUACAAGCAACCUAGGGUGGUCAAAGCAUACGAUUCCUGGUCCACGCAGUUUGCGACGACACAGGGGACAUUGACGGGGUGCUCUCAUUCCACGAUGUUGCUGACGCACCUCACCAGCAGAAUUAUGAGACGUCUGAGCGGAUUCGGCGUUAUCCCACGGGCACUGGUGGACGAUCUGACAUUGCAGUGGGUGGGCGCCAACACUAAGAUGUUGUACUUAUUGUUCGAGGCUGUGAAGAAAUUCAUCAUGCUGGCCAGGCCCCUUGGGCUCAUUCUCCAGGUGGAGAAAUCCGGUCUGGUGGCGGCCUGCCCGAAGGCCAAAAAGAUAGUCAGCAAACAGGCGCCGGCGAUCGGAAUCCCGCUCAGGUCCAGCAUCAGGAACCUCGGGCACGAGCUGCACGGCACCGACCGACGCCGACACCAGACCAGGGUUCGCAUGCCCAAGUUGAAAAAGAGAGUGGUCAGGGUAAAAGCUUCCAGACGGACUGUGGGCAACAAAGUGUCGGUCAUCUGGAGAUCGGGGCUCUUGAGUGCUGCGAAUCACUGCGCCGCCGUCAGCGGGACCCCUGACAAGGACCUCCAGACCCGGAGGCGUGCUGCGGUGGCCCUGUGUGGAGCUAAGGAAGGCUCAACUGGUCUCACGGCCUACCUUAUGACCCAGAAGCGCUGGGCCGCAUUCAGGGACAAGCAGCUGCGCCUCCCCCUGGACCUCGUGGUCUCGGACUUGUCGUCAUUGGUGUCAGAAGGAUUGGAUUGGUCUCCCGAUCUAGCCAGGGGCACCGCCAAGCAUGCUUUAGUUUGGCGUCGUUUCUUUAAUCUUAUCGAGAAAGAGCACGCGCGCCCGCCCUCCUUUGCGCGGGUGCCCGCCCAUUCGUCGCUCGAAGAUGCGCCCCUGAGUGGCCGCGCUCCGUUCUCGUGGGUCCUGGGCAACGCCUGGGCCGACUUUUUCGCGAAGGCUGGGGCCCAGGAUAUUGCUGUGGCUCAGAUGCUCGCUGAUGUGCAUAAAAUGGCGCUCAAGGAGGCGAAGUUGUUCGCUCGCUAUGUGUCGCGGGCGGUGGCUCACAGAGUUGAAUUUGCCAAGGCGUCUGAACCCGACCAGUGCCCACCUCGGCCCACCAAGCACCCACCAGCGGUGCCACCAGUGAGCGUUACAGAUCACACUCUGGUGUGGGUGAAGUCGACGAAUGAGCUUCCUGCUGGCGACGUGGUGCCCAUGGAGCGCUCGUAUUUGCUCGCCCUGCAGGCCGUGGUCAUGUCCGACGACGGUCCGCUUGUGGAUGUGCCACCUCUGCCCCUGCCCCUGCCACAGAUAUCGACGUGCUGUUCAGAGAGGCAGCUCGCGGAGCCCCACGGCCCCUCCGGGCACUCCAUCCCGACGAAGGCGCGCUUCGCCCUGUCCCUGACGAGCUCGUUCCUGGUGACCACCGUCGCGGGGACCGCGAAGGACAAGGAGUACCUCGGCAGUUGUUUCCCGGUCCUAACCUGGGGGCGGCGCGCUCCCUGGCUUCUCACCCACGUCAUUCUGGGAGCCGUCGCCGCCGGCCUCGUGUACCUGCCACCAGGUUCGUUCGGCGUGCACGGCGUGAGCAUGCACGUCUACCACGCGUGGUACUUCGUCACGGUCGGCGCCAUGUUUUGGAGUUUUAACGGGGCAGUCUUAGCAUUCGAGGCCGCGAGGCAGGAGAUCUAUCCCUAUAAGGAGGAGCGGAUCGUCGUCGAGGGUCUUUGCAAGUACGCGUGCAUGUUUGGCGGCGGCCUGGGUGGUCUUCCCACAAUGGUCAUCUUCAUGGACGCUCGGCUGAACUACAGAAUAGCGUGUUCGGCGUUCAUCGUGUUAGCCUCCUUGAUAAGCCUGGUGGCGGUGCCAAUCAUGCGUCAAGCCCGGAGCGGUCUCAGAGAUAGCCCUAGAAUCAAGGACCCUCAGGCCGCAACGGGGCAGUCCGAGGUGGCCAGCGUGAGCGUUUGGCGCGAGGCCUUCCGGCGAGGCAGCUGGAACUGCGCCCUGCGGCACAUGUGGGCCCUGAAGUUCUGGAACGGCGCAUACGGCGCGUCCGUCGCUGCCGUGAUACUGGCCGCUGGCGCGGCUGCUGGCUGUACCGAGACGGUGAUGAACGUCGUCUACAUGUGGGCGUUCAGCCGUGGGGACGGGCUCCUCGACGUUGAGGGCAGGGCGGACAGGUGGCUGCUGUGGUACGUUGUGGCCAUGCGUCUGCUGAACGCCGCCGCCACCGUGUUCGUGAUGUUCGUUCUCACCCCGUCUGGCCGCGAUGGGCGCGACGUCGCGCGCCUCGAGCGAGGCGCGAUGUCGGCUGCCCUGCGGAUGGUGGGGACCUUCUUGCUGUGGUCGGUGACGUGCCGCUUCGGCGUCUCCGGGUUCACCUUCUGGAGGGUCUCGGCCCAGUGCUGGCUGGUGGACGAGGUUGUCGACCGUGGUCUCGAUGGCGUCGUCCGCUUCUAUGAGCACUUCGCCAGCGUACUGGCCGCACGGGUCCAGACCGUGGCGGGGGCGGCUUGCGGCUCCUUGGCCUUCCUGGGGCUGUCCGUCUGCGGCCUGGAGACUCGGAACUGCGAGCCUCACACGGAGAACGCUGGGAUUCAGCAGCUCACAUCGUCGGAGAUCUUGGCCGACAGCCUCCCCGACUGGACCGCCGGGCGCGGCGACGGGGCCUCUCCCACGGAGGCGGACUGCAAGGCCGCGGAGGCGGAAGACCUGUGGGAGUGCAUGGACGGCUGCAUGCGCGACACGAUCGACGGCCAGCCGGACGCUUUGCGGUUCUACAUCAGGGUUGUGAUAGGCCUGUGGGCGCCGCUGUGCGAGCUGCUGCUGGCGCUCCACGCCCAGCGCUUCCCGAUCAAGGGCGCCCGCCUGCGCCGGCUGUACGCCCGCGUGGCCGAGAGGCGCGGCGACGGGGGCGGAGCCGCCAAGCUGCAGGCGGCCGAGCGAUGCGCCGGCGGCGUGGUGCCCUCCGCCGCCGAGCAGGCGCACCUGGAGGGCGGCCUGUCCACGGCCUCCCUGGACGGGCCGGUGCACACGACGCCGAUCGUCGACCUGCCGCUGCCGUCGAAGCCACACCCCGCCGCGCUCGACGUGCAGGACGACGCGGGCACGACGGCGACGCCCACGUCCACGGACACCAGCUCCGCCGCCCACCGCGGCGUCGGCCUCGGGAGCGAGGGCGCGGCCACGAGCCAGGA